GGGCCCGCCCCUUCCCGGCUCCCCGGGAGACCCCGGCAAGUUCCCUCCCUCCGCCCCGCAACCUGGCGCCCUCGGCGGCCCUUCCCUACCCACGCACCCCCUCCCCGCCUCCCCCUCCGCCGCCCCAUACUCACUGCCACGUCCCCAUCCUGCCAUCCCCUCCCAGCUCUCGGGGACACUGUCAGGCGAGCAAUGCGUCCCCUGCGGCCCAGCUCAGCUGCCUGGGCCAGGAUGGAGACUCCGCUCAUGUGGGGUUCGGGAUUGUUGGGGAUUCCAUUUGGGAAAAAAGCCACCAGGUCAUUCACCGCCCAGCAGUGGGGGCUUGGGGACCCCCCUGGCCACCCUUUCCUAAGCGGGAGCCCUGGCGCUGCCCUUCCCGGGCUGCCUGGGGUCCUCUUCGCUCCCCCCUCCGAGGACCCCGCCCAGCAGGCCAUACCCUGGCCCACGGGAUGCGGGUCCCCAUGCCCCCGGCUGGAGGCAGCAGGCAGCUCGGCCAACGGACGGGCCAGCUGGUUCCCUUCAGGGGCAGCCUUGCCCCCUCUCCCGCCCCGUCUCCCUCCCCCCCACCACACGGGGCUGUAACCCGAGCCGCCGAGCCACUGCCUCCCCUCCGGAUCCUCCCCGGCGGCUCUGCGGCCCGGGCCCCCGCGCCGUGCUGCCCCAUGCGGCCCUGAGCCCCACAGCAAGUCUGCCAUGGGCCGCGGGGCCCGUGUCCCCUCGGAGGCCCCGGGGGCCGGCGUCGAGCGCCGCUGGCUUGGAGCCGCGCUGGUCGCCCUGUGCCUCCUCCCCGCGCUGGUGCUGCUGGCCCGGCUGGGGGCCCCGGCGGUGCCGGCCUGGAGCGCAGCACAGUCAUUUUCCGCGGCAGUUUUUGGCCCUGGGGACCGUCACCGGUGCCUCCCACGCACGCUUUCUUCCCUGAAGGGAGACGUCGCUGCGCUGGGCCUUUCGGGGGGCCCCCCCACCCGGGGUCUGGGCCCACUGGCCCCCCGCAGACGCCGCUACACGCUGACUCCAGCCAGGCUGCGCUGGGACCACUUCAACCUCACCUACAGGAUCCUCUCCUUCCCGCGGAACCUACUGAGCCCGCGGGAGACGCGGCGGGCCCUGGCUGCCGCCUUCCGCAUGUGGAGCGACGUGUCCCCCUUCAGCUUCCGCGAGGUGGCCCCCGAGCAGCCCAGCGACCUCCGGAUAGGCUUCUACCCGAUCAACCACACGGACUGCCUGGUCUCCGCGCUGCACCACUGCUUCGACGGCCCCACGGGGGAGCUGGCCCACGCCUUCUUCCCCCCGCACGGCGGCAUCCACUUCGACGAUAGCGAGUACUGGGUCCUGGGCCCCACGCGCUACAGCUGGAAGAAAGGCGUGUGGCUCACGGACCUGGUGCACGUGGCGGCCCACGAGAUCGGCCACGCGCUGGGCCUGAUGCACUCACAACAUGGCCGGGCGCUCAUGCACCUGAACGCCACGCUGCGCGGCUGGAAGGCGUUGUCCCAGGACGAGCUGUGGGGGCUGCACCGGCUCUACGGAUGCCUGGACAGGCUGUUCGUGUGCGCGUCCUGGGCGCGGAGAGGCUUCUGCGACGCUCGCCGGCGGCUCAUGAAGAGGCUCUGCCCUAGCAGCUGCGACUUCUGCUACGGUGAUGCCCACAGGGCCAGGACAGGGCUGCGUGGGAGCUGGGUCUUGGCUAUGGUCUGGGCUGAGGGGGCACUGAUGGGGCUCUUUUCCCCACCCCGAGCAGAAUUCCCCUUCCCCACAGUGGCCACCACCCCACCCCCUCCCAGGACCAAAACCAGGCUGGUGCCUGAGGGCAGGAACGUGACCUUCCGCUGCGGCCAGAAGAUCCUCCACAAGAAAGGGAAAGUGUACUGGUACAAGGACCAGGAGCCCCUGGAGUUCUCCUACCCCGGCUACCUGGCCCUGGGCGAGGCACACCUGAGCAUCAUCGCCAACGCCGUCAACGAAGGCACCUACACCUGCGUGGUGCGCCGCCAGCAGCGCGUGCUGACCACCUACUCCUGGCGGGUCCGUGUGCGGGGCUGAGCCCGGCUGAUAAAGCACUUUCUGUCUGA